AUGAAGGCUUUGCAGAAGAAGAUGGGAGCUCGCCCCGCCGUGAACGACUUAGAUUUGACGGGUUUUGAGAUCCAGCCUUUAAAUGUCAUUGUCGGAACGGCAGUGUUUGUCCUCAGCGUCAUUCUGCUUCACUUCUACGGUAAGCUGGGCGGCGCAAAGCCAUAA